AUGGGCAGCUCUGGAUUUUCAUGGAAGCUGAAGGAUCACCCCAAAUUUCCCAAGGGAAAACCCGUAGCGGUCGUGGUUUUGGACGGAUGGGGCGAGGCAAACCCAAAUCAGUACAACUGCAUCCACGUGGCCGAGACUCCCACCAUGGAUUCGCUCAAGAAGGGAGAGCCGGAUAGAUGGAGAUUGGUGAAGGCCCACGGGCCAGCAGUAGGGCUGCCCACAGAGGAUGACAUGGGUAAUAGUGAGGUUGGUCACAAUGCACUCGGUGCUGGCAGGAUUUUUGCACAGGGUGCAAAGCUUGUUGAUAUUGCUCUUGAAACGGGUAAAAUAUACGAUGGAGAAGGUUUCAAGUACAUCAAAGAAUCUUUUCCGAAUGGGACUCUUCAUCUCAUUGGAUUAUUAAGCGAUGGAGGUGUCCACUCGAGGCUUGACCAGUUGCAGUUGCUUCUUAAAGGUGCUAGCGAACAUGGUGCCAAAAAAAUCCGGGUUCACAUCCUUACUGAUGGACGUGAUGUGUUGGACGGCAGUAGUGUGGGCUUUGUCGAAACUUUAGAAAGUGAUUUGGCAAAGUUGCGUGAGAAAGGCGUUGAUGCGAGGGUUGCAUCCGGUGGGGGCCGCAUGUAUGUUACGAUGGAUCGUUAUGAGAACGACUGGGACGUAGUCAAACGAGGUUGGGAUGCCCAAGUGCUUGGAGAAGCACCCCACAAGUUUACGAACCCCGUUGAGGCUGUGAAGAAACUGAGAGAGAUCCCCAACACAAAUGACCAAUACUUGCCCCCGUUUGUUAUUGUUGAUGAUAGCGGAAAGCCCGUUGGGCCUAUUGUAGAUGGCGAUGCCGUUGUCACAUUCAACUUCCGGGCAGACCGUAUGGUUAUGUUGGCCAAGGCACUCGAAUACGAGGACUUUGAUAAAUUUGAUCGGGUUAGGUUUCCCAAAAUUCGUUAUGCUGGGAUGCUUCAGUAUGAUGGUGAGCUCAAACUCCCGAGUAAGUACCUUGUUUCGCCACCAGAGAUCGAUAGAACGUCUGGGGAGUAUCUCGUGCAUAAUGGAAUCCGUACUUUUGCUUGUAGUGAAACAGUUAAAUUUGGUCAUGUCACAUUUUUCUGGAACGGUAACCGUUCUGGGUACUUCAACCCACAAAUGGAAGAAUAUGUUGAAGUACCAAGUGACAGUGGAAUAACCUUCAAUGUCCAGCCGAAGAUGAAGGCACUGGAGAUUGCUGAGAAGGCAAGGGAUGCCAUCCUUAGCCGCAAAUUUGAUCAGGUACGUGUCAACCUACCGAAUAGUGACAUGGUUGGACACACUGGUGAUAUUGAAGCAACAGUUGUGGCUUGUAAGGCCGCUGAUGAAGCAGUGAAGAUGAUCCUGGAUGCAAUUGAGCAAGUUGGCGGAAUAUAUGUUGUCACUGCUGAUCAUGGAAAUGCUGAGGAUAUGGUGAAGAGAAACAAGAAGGGAGAACCACUUCUCGACAAGAAUGGCAACAUUCAAAUCCUAACUUCUCAUACUUUGCAACCUGUCCCGGUUGCUAUCGGUGGGCCUGGGCUAGCACCUGGCGUGAGAUUCCGCAAAGACGUACCUACUCCUGGGCUGGCCAAUGUGGCUGCAACUGUUAUGAACCUGCACGGGUUUGAAGCCCCGACCGAUUAUGAGACCACUUUAAUCGAGAAAAAGAGUGCCUUUUCGCCUUUCUCCACUCCCUGCGGUUGGUUUUCCUUUUCUUCUGAAGUCGUCUCUUUUCAAGUUUAUACCUUUCGAGGGGAGGGGAAAAUGCCUGAGGGAAUUACAGCAGAGGCUCUUAUGAACAAUAUCAUGGACUCAAUUUCUGAUAGUGUAUCAAAGAACAAACAUGUCUCUUUUUUUGAAGAGGAGAAGUCGAAUUCCGUAACUUCUCAGUUCAACAGAUUGUUCGGGCGCGAAAAACCUGUCCAUCAUCUCUUGGGCGGUGGCAAAUCUGCUGAUGUUCUAUUGUGGAGGAACAAGAAGAUCUCAGCUAGUGUUCUGACUGGCGCAACACUCAUUUGGGUGCUAUUUGAAUGGCUCAAUUACCAUUUUCUAACACUUGUGAGCUUUGUGCUGGUUUUGGGUAUGCUUGUUCAGUUUGUUUGGAAAAAUGCUUCUGGCAUAAUAAACAGGUCUCCAUCCAAAGUUCCCCGUCUUGUUUUGCCGGAGGAGUUUUUUGUCAACAUUGGAAAGGGGAUAGGCCAAAUGCGAAUCACAAGAUUCUCGUCAGCCAAAAGGGAGAUGAAAGCAUCUACUGGAUCAAAAAUCACAGGUUCUGAAAGUGGAGAAAAUAAGGAAUUGGUUCCAGAACUCCGUGUCUUUGUUAGGAAAAGAAGAGGUAUAAAGACUGACCAGGCCAUUGUUGAAGAGGUUAAACCUCAGAUUCUUGAUCAGAAGCCUUCCAGCCUCCCUGAAAUUGAAGAUUUUGGUUACCAGACGGACAAAAGUCAUUCUCGUAUGAAACAAGCACCUGAAAACUGGGAGAAGGUCCUUGAAGCUAUUCGGAAUAUGAGGUCUUCCGAAGAUGCCCCUGUAGAUUCAAUGGGGUGUGAAAAAGCUGGCAGUUCUCUUCCUCCUGAGGAGAGAAGGUUUGCAGUUUUGGUAUCUUCACUCUUAUCGAGUCAAACAAAGGAUCAUGUUACCCAUGGAGCUAUUCAACGGCUACUGCAAAAUGAUUUGCUUACGGCCGAGGCCAUUGACAAAGCUAUUGAAGAUGAAAUCAAGAAGUUAAUUUACCCUGUGGGAUUUUACACAAGAAAAGCAAGCAACAUGAAAAAAAUCGCAAAAAUUUGUCUCUCAAAGUACAAUGGAGAUAUUCCUAGUACAUUGGAUGGGCUGCUGCAGCUUCCAGGAAUCGGCCCCAAAAUGGCGCAUUUGGUCAUGAAUGUCGGGUGGAAUAACGUUCAAGGAAUAUGUGUUGACACUCACGUGCACCGGAUUUGUAAUCGUCUCGGAUGGGUUUCACGUCCCGGCACUAAUCAGAAAACUUCGACCCCAGAGGAAACUAGAGUGUCCUUACAACUAUGGCUUCCUAAGGAAGAAUGGGUUCCCAUCAACCCUCUCCUGGUGGGUUUUGGGCAGACCGUAUGCACUCCUCUUAGACCUCGUUGUAGCAUAUGCACGAUAAGCGAUUUUUGUCCAUCGGCAUUCAAAGAGAGCCCGAUCCCAUUAUCCAAAAUAAAGAAAAAAAGGUGA